AUGUCAUUAUUGUAUCAACCAUUCACUAAAGCCAUGAUGCAACGAGAUAUACCAGGAUGUCUUACCCCUGAACAACACCUGCAAUUGAACAUCACCAAGGGCAACACUGUAAACACAGACUUAAUUGAGCCACCAUUGUCACCACCAUUAUCGCCAUACCAACGUAAUGCAGUAUUGCACACUGUGGCAUUACCACCACCAGAAUACAGCACCAGAAAGCUGUACAUGUCGACCAACACCCCCUUCAGGAUUGAAAACUACAAGGACUAUAAAUUAACCAUUGCUACUUCAAACAACGACAAAAACAGUAUUUUGAAGUUCAUAGAUAGAUAUUCUCUGAAGGUUAAUGAUGAACGCCAACGAGGCCUCGUCAUGCCAUUGCCUGUACGUAAAUACAAACGAAGAGUAUAUGAAUCAGACAAUGACAUGUCGGAAGAAACUACAAGAAUGAGAACCAGAAGAGUCGGUGGUGGUCCUAAGUCUUUCGACACCGACGAAGAACUUGCUUCCACUCCAUCGCCCAAGAAGAGGAGAAAGCCAGCUACACCAGGCUCACAAUCUCCUUCAUUGGCAUUACAGCAGCAAAUGCUCAUUGAUGAGUCUAUCCCAGAUUACUCACCAGAUGCUAAUGAAACUUUACCCCCAAACAACACCAAGUGUUUGAGGAUAGAAUGGAAGGGCCAACCCAUGGACUUGAGUUCCGAUCCAAACUUGUCAAAAUUACAUCCAGCUGAAGUUGUCCUUGCUAGUAUUUUGAGAUUGCCAGUUGCAGUAUACCUUGAUUCUAAACGCAGAUUAUUUUUCGAAAAAGUGGCCCGCUUAAAAACAGGCAAACAGUUCAGAAGAACCGACGCACAAAAGGCAUGUCGUAUUGAUGUGAACAAAGCCUCAAGAUUAUUUGCCGCUUUCGAAAAAGUUGGUUGGUUGCAAGAUGAAUUAUUCGAAAAGUAUUUGUAA